AGACAAGACGCAUCCACUUUCAGGAAAACGGAUGGGCGAUUCCUGAUUCUCAUUCACGCCACAGCGGAGCAGCUGCAUACUGCUGUCUAGACGUGGUUGAUUACCUUCGCCCUUUCUCUUCUCUUCUCUUCUCUGUUCUUUUCUUCAUUCAUCCCUUUCCUCGUCACAUUAGCAAUCAUCCGUGUCAAUUCAAAAACGCUAGCCAGAACAGACUUGCCGGACCACAACUACAACAAACUGGUGUAACAUCGACACUAAUGAAGCAUCAGUCAGAGUCCACAGGCCAUGUUGGCAACCUUACACCAGAACAAUGGGGUGCUUUAGGCGAGAUCUGGUCCUUCCUUCUACACCUCUGGUAUUCGGAGCCAUCUUCGCCCACCAGAUCCAACUCGAUGCAUCCGCGCAGAGCCAGCAGCCAUGGAUUUUCCAUCGCAGCAUCAAACGACGAGGUCCAAAAUCAUAAUGGCGAACACCAGCCCAUGUCUUCAGGAAGCUCAGGACAUCAUCAUAAGCAUCAUCGUCGUGGAAGUAGCAGCACUGGUGGUGAAAGGAGAUCCAUUAGUCCACCUCCGGCAUCACCGACCCGACUUAGCCAGUCAUUCUACCAGCCUUCGAUCGCGUCCUCACCGCCCACUGGUUCCCAUUCACCUAUCAACAACCACAUACACAGCGGAAGCACAUUUUUGCCCGGUGGAGCUGCCUCGGCGGCGGCGGCGUUGAGGAGAUCGUCCGCGAAAUUAAAGCCCUGGUUGCCUGCCAAGAAAUUCACGUUCAAGUACUCGCCUGCAGAGUACCAGACCGCAUUCUGGGCGUUUGUGCAGGCGGAGCAUCCGGACACGGCUGUGCUGAGAUUUUUGAGAGCAAGAAAGUGGAACGUGGAAAAGGCCAUGGAGAUGUUGAUCUUGGCAUUGGAAUGGCGCAUCUCGAUGGGUGUGGAUGAGGUCGUGCAGGAGAGCGAGGAAGCACUUGAGGCCAAGUAUCCGGGCUUCUUGGAACAGCUCAAGACUGGAAAGGUCAUUUUCCGAGGUCACGAUCGUCAAGGUCGUCCUUUAUGUUUGCUGGAUCCUAGUCUGCAUAACCAACACGCGCAAAGUCACCAGGCUGUCCAGAAGUUGUCAAUCUACGUUAUCGAGACGGCGAGGAUGAUGCUAAGACCUCCGGUUGAGACCAUAUCUGUCGUCUUUGACAUGAGCUCAUUCUCCAUGUCUAACAUGGACUGGCCAACCACCAAAUUCUUCAUCCACGCUGCUGAAGCAUGCUAUCCAGAACUGCUUGGAGUAUGUGUGGUCCACAAGGCCCCUUGGAUCUUUGGCGCGCUUUGGAAAGCCAUUUCGCCCAUGCUCGAUCCCGUCAUCCGCGCCAAAAUCAAGUUCACCAACAACCGCAAGGACCUAGAGGAAUUCAUCGCUCCCGACCAAUUGAUGAAGGGCAAGGCCUAUGAGGGUGAGGACGAUGUGCCCUACCAAUACGUGGGACCGGAGGCCGACAAGAAGGAUCUAGUGCGUGAGGAUCCGGAGGCUAAACAGCGUGCGCUGGCGAGAAGGAAAGAGAUGGAAUUAACUUUUGAGAGGCUAACUGAGAUUUGGCAGGGACAGAAACAGCUUUCAUCGAGCGCAGCUGUGAUCCAGGAGAGAAAUGAGGUUGGCAUGCGUAUGGCGGACACUUGGUGGGCCACGGAGCCGUACACGAGGGCUAGAACCGUAUACCAUCGGAUUGGAGCCAUUCAGCCGCCUGGGCAUUCACUUGUAGAUUCUGUUUAAUGGGACAAUGGGAGGGGGACUGACACAGCAACAUAAGUUAGUUAGGAAUAAAGUAGUUUAAUUUUUAA